CGUUGUUGACCCUAAAGUACAAUUUUCUUGUGUCAAUACAAAAAAUCGCGAAUAUAUAAGACACUCUUCUCUUUUAAAUGCCUCGUUUAUCAAUUCCACGGCUAAAAUAUAAGAACCUGAGACAUUGUUGACCUUAAAGUACAAUUAUCUUGUAUCAAUACAAAAAUCGCAAAUACAUGACACUCGUCACUUUGAAAUGCCUCGUUUAUUAUUUUUAGGGAUAUAAUAGAAUUUAUUUUCGGUGUAGAACAGGCCUUACAGUAUUAACCUCGGUAUCACGUUGUCACGUGAUUUUAAGCAAAAGGGCGGAUUUUCAGAAAAUUCAAUCACACGUCGAUUAGCUUUUAAGUAUUCAAGGUCACGCAAUUGCAUUAAAAAUGGACGAAACUUCUAAUAAUAACAUGGAAAAACCUGUUAUAAACAGCCAAUCUGCCCCGCAAACGCUAAACGGAAUGGAACAAUUUGACCUAAUAAGAAGCUACCUGGACAAAAAUUUUAUCGAAAAAAAACAAGAAUUCAAAACAAAACUGCAACAACAGAGUAUACCGAACAACAUGAAGGUUUCAGCUAAACCAGAAUCGUCGAGACAAUUUAAGUUUAAAGGUAAUCAAAUCCAAUUCGAAUUUAACCAAAAACUAGCGGGAGAUUUGGAAGAUGUUAUCGACCUUAUCAAUGAAGGUUCUGUAUCAAGAUCAACAAAACGUUUAGCAGCAAUAAAACUCGAAAUCACGAAGCGAAACAAGCUAAUAAAAAUGGCGGAUAGAUCACCAGCAGGAUGGGCCACUGUAGAAGAGUACUUAUCCGAUGAAUUAGCAAGCGAUUCAGAUGACGAAAAACGGAUAAAAUCGGCUGAGUCAAAAGCACUGGCAAAAAAGAAAGCAAAGGUAAAGCCAAAGUCCUUCUACCCUCCACGUUUCAACCCUAUGCACACCCAACUAAUGUCCUCGUCGCCACCUAUGCCAAACCAUUUCCAAUCACAAAGAUACGCAUUUCCAAGAGAACCAUCUCAACCGUCUGGGAGUAUCGGCAACCAUAACACACCAUGUUUUUCCCAAUCAGCGUACAGAUUCCAAAGUGCAAGAUCAAUGUGCUUCGGUUGUGGCAACCAAACGUUAUCGGCCAUAAGCAAGUCUAAAGAAAAGACAAUAGAUAAGUGUUUAAAUUUUGAUAACAAUGUAAGAGAUGAGGAAACGUACGAAUUUUGUGUAUAUAAAAAUACGGCUGGAACUAGAGUUAAGGGUAGGCUCAAGAAAAACUUAAAAUAUUGGCAAACCAUCAGCUGUAAUACGACUAUUCUCAAAAUUAUCAAGGAAGGCUAUACUAUUCCCUUUUUCACGACACCACAAAAACAAACUUUUUCUAAUAAUCAAUCCGCUAUAAAAAAUUCGGAAUUCGUCAAUGAACGGUACAAGAGCUUCUUGAUACAGGUCGAAUUAAGGUAGUGUCUUCUGCACCACAU